GGAAGGGGGGUGGGCUUCAUUCAAUCUUUUUUGGUUCCGUUUAUUCUCGGUGAAGGGUUGAGUCGGUUCAGAAAUUUGAGAGGAAUGAGAUUAGAGUUGCACCGAGGACCGAGGAGUGUGUACUUGUGAUUUAUUGUGUGGUAGGCAGCUCAGUGUAGGCAUUGAGCUGCUUUGUUUUCCGAGUAUUUGAGGGAGUUGAAAUUGCGGCAAUGGGUGUGUUGUGUGCCUCAUCGCAAGGAGCUGCUCUGAAAAGUCUUGUCGACGCUCCUGCCAAGGUCACCGCCUCGGCGGCUUCGUCUGCACUCCCACUUCCCGGUUUUGCAUCGGGGAGGACUGCGAAGGCUUUGAGGUCAAGUAGGGAGUGCCUGACCAUUGCUUUGAAAGGAGGGCUUAGCCAGGGUUUAGGGAACUCUUGCGCCGGAAUUAGCAGAAAGAGAGAAUUGCGCCUCACACAAACUGCUAUUUCGGCCACAACUGAGUCCUCUGAAACUGUGGAGGAUCACCAGGAGCAGGGAGACGUCGCGGUCAUGAACUCUAGUGGGUGCGAAACGUUGUGCACAACGACAUGGGGUCUGUGUGAUACGGUAAUCGGGGUUCUCGGCGGCGGGCAGCUCGGACGGAUGCUCUGCCAAGCUGCCUCUCCCAUGGGCAUUAAAGUAUCUGUUUUGGACCCGCUUGAGGAUUGUCCAGCUGGGAACAUUGCGUACCAUCAUCAAGUUGGGAGUUUCAAAGAUAUGCAGGCUGUUCGGGAAUUCGCUAAAGGAUGUGGCGCUUUGACUGUGGAGAUUGAGCAUGUGAAUGUUGAGACGCUCGAGGCUCUUGCACGCGAGAAUGUCGACAUUGAGCCCAAACCUUUCACAAUUCGCAUUAUUCAGGACAAGUAUAUGCAGAAGAUGCACUUCAAGAAACACGACGUAGCCCUUCCCGAGUUUAUGAAGAUUGACUCUGCGGAGGAGGCGGAGGAGGCUGGGAAGUUGUUUGGCUACCCGCUGAUGUUGAAGAGCCGGCGGGACGCAUAUGAUGGACGCGGUAACGCGGUGGUUGAAUCCAGGGAAGCUCUACCCCUAGCGAUUUCGUCCUUAGGGGGCAUUGAACGGUGUCUUUACGCUGAGAAGUGGGCGCCAUUUGUAAAGGAGUUGGCCAUCAUGGUGGCUAGAGGGAGGGAUGGUUCCAUUCGCUCCUUUCCAGUCGUCGAAACCACACAUGUUAGCAACAUUUGUCAUACAGUUGAAGCUCCGGCCCGUAUCCCUAAAGAGGUCGCUGAAUUAGCCAUGCAGGUUGCAGAGCGAGCAGUGGGAUCUCUAUCUGGAGCUGGCAUGUUCGGUGUUGAGCUUUUCCUUCUCAAGGAUGGAAACGUAUUGCUGAACGAAGUCGCACCGAGACCCCAUAACUGUGGACAUUACACAAUCGAAUCAUGCUUCGUCUCCCAGUAUGAGCAGCACCUGCGGUGUGUCCUCGGGCUUCCUCUCGGCGACCCCUCCAUGAAGGUCCCUGCCGCUUUGAUGUACAACAUUUUAGGUGAAGCAGAUGGAGAGGAGGGGUUCACCAUCGCGCACAACAUUAUGCGUAGAGCCAUGUCUGUGCCAGGGGCGAGUGUACACUGGUACGAGAAACCAGAAAUCCGGAAGCAGAGGAAAAUGGGGCACAUCACGGUUGUAGGCCCAACGGCUGAGGUUGUGCGAGCUCGUAUGAAUUGGAUCAUCAACACGAAAGGCAUACAAGAUUACCCCAAGAAAAAGCCAUCCUUCGUCUCUGGUGUUCUUCCUUCGAAUGUAGCCACUGCGCUGGCAAGCUCUUCUGAAGAUGCAAAACCAUCGGGCCCGCCUGUUGGAAUUAUCAUGGGAUCGGACUCAGACUUGCCAGUAAUGUCUGCUGCUGCAGAGAUUUUGGACUCAUUCGGUAUUCCAUAUGAGUUGACGGUGGUGUCUGCUCACAGGACUCCAGAGAGGAUGGUCUCAUACGCCCAGACUGCACACAAACGUGGUGUAAAGGUGAUUAUCGCUGGGGCAGGAGGAGCUGCUCACCUCCCCGGGAUGGUUGCUUCUUUGACUCCGCUUCCUGUGAUUGGAGUGCCUGUGAAAGGAAGCCAUACAGAUGGGCUGGACUCGUUGCUGUCUAUCGUCCAGAUGCCACGAGGAAUUCCCGUUGCUACAGUAGCGAUUCAGAAUGCAACAAAUGCAGGUCUCCUGGCUGUGCGGAUGCUUGGUGUAGAGAGUGAUCAGAUUGUUGAUAAGAUGGCUGCCUACCAGAACAGCUUGAAGGAUAUGGUGCUCGAGAAAGCAGAGAGGCUCGAGACUAUCGGCUGGAAAGAGUAUUUGAAGUGAUUUUCAUAUCUCAAAGUUCAUUGGAGUAUGGAUGGAAUCGACGCUUCAGGGUUGAGAUUGGCACAUGAUCUUGUGAAGAUAUGGGCAUUAUUCAGAGGAGUGGAAGGGAAUUCUCGAAGAGACGCAGGCAUUCGCAUCAUAUCCACUUGCCAUCAUAUUUUGCAGUCUAAAUGCUUAUGGGUCGCUUCCCAUGUAGUGGGGCCGUUGCGGCCGCUGAAACUGGUGUUACUUUAGCAAGUCUUCACGAGGCUUAGCACAGUGAAACUUUUGGCAGUUGCAUCAGACACCUUUUUGAUAGAGUUCUUUUUUACCUUCGUCUUUCACACUCGAGCUUGCUUAACCUAACUCAACAUUUUUAAUUAUCCUCUAGAAACUUAGUACUAUUUGUUCUGUAUUUUGUUUACAACAGAUCUUAUUGAUAUGGCUGGUGUGUGCGAUGCGCUUUUUAAUCAGCGGCUAAGAAUCCAAUGAGAAGUAAACUUUCACUGUGUUGCACACUCCUUUUUUA